UGGGUGGUUUUAGAGGGUUUUGCAAUCACAGAGAAACUUUUUAUUUAUUGUUUGGUUACUAAGAAAAUUUUAACAAUUUUCUCGGAGAAUUAUGGGAUAGAAAAUGAGAGAAAAGUUUGUGGAAAGUUUUGAUCUUUUUGAGAAAUUCUGUUGCAAUUUUGGUUUGUAAGGGUAAAGUUGUGACCUUUGAACAUAAAAAUCAUAGUUAAGAGGUUCUUAGAGAAUUGGAGAAUCUGGAAUUGCUGUUUCGCUGUUUGUGAUGUUUCCUUCGUGGUAUGAUCCCUGAGAUAUGGUGUUGCAGAAGAGGUUAGAUUACGGAUUUAAUGGAUACCAGGUUCCUCCUACACCUCGCGCUACCAGAUCGGUUAGGAGGCGAGGCUCCUUUAAGAAGAAAGCUGACGAGAAUCAAAUGUGCGCAUUUGACUUAUUGGCCAUUGUAGCCGGAAACUUGUUGCAUGAGAAAGUAAGUACUCCUAGUUCUAGUAAUACUUCCGCGGACAAAGAUCAGUGCACUGUUGUGAAUAAUACUGUUAAAAAGGAAUGUAAAGGAAAUGGUAUGAAAGUCGAAGCUCAUGAUCAUGAUAACCGUGGUAGAAGUUUCUUUGUUUCCGAGAUUGUCUCCCAAGGUAACGAACAAAAUCGAUGUUCUAGUGAUCUCAAUUUAGGAUUAGCUUCUCCGGUAGCAACUUCUGACUGUGCAGAGAAGUUUGAUGCCAAAAAGUUGAGCGACUGUAAAUUAGAGAGUGAAACUAAAAAAAUAAUUAAAGAUGAGCCCCCAAAAUCUGUGAAGGUGUUUAAUGACACUGUGGCUAAUAAACAUGUUUCCCUUAGUUCUUAUCCCACAAACAGGGAUGAUGUAAUUGUAGAUAGUAGAGAUGAUGACGAAAACUCUUCUGGGUGUACUCACCCUAGCACCACUAAAAAAUUCUAUAGGCCAGGACCACAGAGUGGAGAUCGAAGAAUAAGGAAAAUUUUGGCCUCGAAAUACUGGAAAGUAGCUCCGAGACUGAAGGAUUUGACGCUUACCAACACAGAUGGUGACUUGAAACCUCUUUACCAUAAAAGGAAAAACUAUUACAAUUAUCAGAGAUCGGAAAGGUUAUAUCCUUUCAAAAAGAGGAGACAUUUUGUCUGCGGUUCACAAUCAAAUUCUGAAGAAGGAAUUUGUAAAAAAUUAUCGUCUGAUUCGUCCAAGAAGCACAAUAACAGAGAUGCUGCUGUUUUCUAUCAUAAGAUGCGUGAAGCAACUGCAGCCUCAUCUUCAGUUGCAGGUCACCGCAAUUCAUUCCAACCUAGGGAUUCCCACGUGAAGCUUAGGAUAAAGUCUUUCAAGGUACCGGAGCUGUUCAUUGAGAUUCCGGAAAAUGCAACUGUUGGUUUAUUAAAGAGGACUGUUAUGGAUGCUGUGACUGCUAUACUUGGAGGUGGACUACGUAUUGGUGUGCUUCUUCAGGGAAAAAAGGUUCGGGAUGACAAUAAAACGUUAACGCAGACUGGAAUUGCUCACAGUAAUCAGUUGGAUGCUUUAGGUUUUAGUCUGGAACCUAAUCCUUCUCAACCUCCCCCUUCUUUGAGUCCUCAAGACUCAUCAUUUCUGCUUUCUUGUGAUGCACCACAACCUUUAAGCAGGUAUUCACCUGUUCGAAGUAUGAUGCAUCAAGCCACAUCUUGUGGUUCUCCAGAGCAUGCAGCAAAUUUAGGGAAUUUCAUGGAAAGUGACCAUGAUUCCGCUCCCUCUUCUACUGAUAUGUCGAUUGACAGAAGCACAAUCGGCUCAAAAGCUUUGAUUCCCUUAUCAGAAAUGCAUGUAGAGACGCUAGCUGUGGCUCCAGCACACCGGAAGUCGAAACAAUCCGAGAUUGUGCAACGCCGAAUUCGUCGACCUUUCUCUGUUACUGAAGUUGAAGCAUUGGUGCAAGCAGUUGAGAAACUUGGAACUGGGAGAUGGCGGGAUGUUAAACUGCGAGCUUUUGACAACGCAAAGCACCGAACUUAUGUGGAUUUGAAGGAUAAAUGGAAAACGCUCGUGCACACGGCGAGAAUCGCCCCUCAACAAAGGAGGGGAGAGCCGGUCCCGCAGGAGCUCUUGGACCGGGUCCUAAUGGCUCACGCAUACUGGUCCCAGCAACAAGCUAAGCAACAGGUGAAACAGCAACAAUCAGAAACUUGCCUCCUCCUGUGUGAAGAGUUGGGCAGCACAUAAACUGUAGUUGGUUUUAGAGUAUGAUUUAAUGUGAAAUCUUGUUAUUAGUCUGUAAAAAAGAAAAGAAAAAAAGUUGAUAAGUUGACACAUUGGAGAAUUCUUAUUUUUAAUGUUUUUCUUCUUCUCAGUCAAUGAUUCUUUUUCUGCUUGGAAAAGUAAUUGGCAUUUGUAAAUUGUUUAUGGAAUAAGAGCUUUGCUAACAGAAUUCAUUUGACUUCA